AUGUCGGGGUACGCGCUGAGCAACGUGCCCGUUGGACUGGGAUCCAUAUGGCCCUUAUGGAAAGAAAUUGGAGUAAAUCAUGUGCCAAGAAGCCUGGCUUCCCGAAACGCAAAUGGGGAUAAUAACAAUGAGGUUGAGGAGAGUGAUGCUGGAGGGGAUGACAGCAGUAGGAGCCCCCCGAAGAGUGACACCUGCAGCAGUUCGAACCAAAGUAACAACAAAAAUGAUGCAAAGGAGGAGGAACCCACACAGAAGUGCACUCCGUUCAAAUUUGGGAAAAGGAAAAAAAAAAAUAAUAACUUGGACUGCAUGGAAGAGGUGCUAUUCAAAUUAACCAACGGAAAAUUUAAAGCAGAAAAGCACUAUGUGUACACGGCGGAUGGGUACAGAUUAAAUUUAUACCGAAUUGUAAGUACCAGUAACAAGGAUAAUUUUUCAAAAAAGAAAGAAGUGUUUUGUUUAAAUCAUGGUUUGUUUGAAUCAUCCAUCAGUUACACUUGCAAAGGAUAUGAGUCUUUAGCUUUCCAGAUUUUCGCCAAUGAUUAUGAUGUCUGGAUAAGCAACAAUAGAGGAAAUGCUUUUACAAAAUUUGUGGGAAAAAAUUACGCCCUGAAAAAGUUAAGGGAAAGGUACAGCCUGCAGGAUCUCAAGGACAUUGGCCUGGACGUCAGUGAGGAGAUGGACCAGAAUCUGAGCGCGGAUGAAAGUACGACCGUGAGCAGUUCGGACGGGGAGCAACAGCAGCACCAGAAGAAGAACGACGACAGGGGCGAUAGGUCAGACCCCCAAGGACCGUUCGGAGAAACAUCCAAUUGUGACUCCAACAUGGGAUGCAGCGUACCACAUGCGCCCAAGCAGUUAGAAAAUGGGGACGCAGAGGGAGAAAAGGCAUCAGAAAAGGCAGCAGAAAAGGCAACAGAAAAAGCAACAGAAAAAGCAGCAGAAAAGGUCGCAGAAAAAGCAACAGAAAAAGCAGCAGAAAAGGUCGCAGAAAAAGCAACAGAAAAAGCAGCAGAAAAGGUCGCAGAAAAAGCAACAGAAGGAGGGGACGACGAGGAAGUAGAAGAACUUGUUAACUUGAACAAACCGAGUGGAAGCCAAUGCGACAGCGACGACGAUGAGGUGAAUCAGCUAAAAGAACGCGAUCUAGAAGACUGGACAUUCGAAGACAUGGGAACGAAGGACAUCCCAGCAAUUGUAAAGUACAUCAGAGAGAAAACACAGAGGGAAAAAAUCGUCUACGUAGGAUUUUCACAAGGAAGUGUGCAACUUCUAAUUGGCUGCUGCCUGAACGACUAUGUAAACAGAAGCAUUAAAAGGACCUACCUCUUAUCCCUUCCGAUAAUCCUAAAAAUGAAAAACGAGAUGCUUAAGUCUGUGAGAAUGUUGCUAGCUAUUUCCUGGUGGAACAAGGCAAUUAUUAGCAGUAAGGAGUUCAUACAGAAGAUGUUGCCGGAGAAAAUCUGUAAUAUCCUGAUCAUCGGCUCAGCUGAUUUAUGGACACGUAAUUUUCUUAAGUUUUACACGGAUUACGUGGACAAUAAUUAUAAAAGGAUCUACUACAGACAUACUCCCUGUGGGUCAACGUCGCACGCGAAUUUAAGAAAAUGGUUCUCAUCCUUUCAUCAUGGACCCGUGUCUGACGCCAUAGACAAAUAUGCGUAUAAGUGCUCCUUCCCCAUUACACUUGUUUAUGGCAUUAAGGAUAGCCUGGUGGAUGCAGAAAGGUCUAUUGAGUACAUGAAAAAAAAGUUUACAAAGAACGACUUGAAGAUUGUCACCAACCCUGAGUGGUCGCACAUAGACCCUGUGUUGGCGGACAACGAGAACGUCGUGCUGUCAUGCAUUUUGGAGGAUAUGAAGAAGGAAGAGGAGGAAAAGAAGGAGAAUGCAAAGUAG